AUGCAAGAGGGAAGACAGAGGGCGAUGGGGAAGGCAGAGCUGAAUGCUGUGGUGUGUGGGAAGGCAGAGCUGAAUGCUGUGGUGUGUGGGAAGGCAGAGCUGAAUGCUGUGGGAGGGCGAGGGACUGACAGAGACGAGAGAUUUUGCAGGCGCGAGGCGGAGGUGAGAGGGAGGUGGAGAGAGGUACGUGGAGACAGAUUGGUGGGGACGAGACGGGAAGUGGAUCAGGAGGGAGAAAGGGAAGAGGAGGAGGAGGAGGAGGAGGAGGAGGAGGAGGAGGAGGAGGAGGAGGAGGAGGAGGAGGAGGAGGAGGAGGAGGAGGAGGAGGAGGAGGAGGAGGAGGAGGAGGAGGAGGAGGCGGAGGCGGAGGAGGAGGAGGAGGAGGAGGAGGAGGAGGAGGAGGAGGAGGAGGAGGAGGAGGAGGAGGAGGAGGAGGAGGAGGAGGAGGAGGAGGAGGAGGAGGAGGAGGAGGAGGAGGAGGAGGAGGAGGAGGAGGAGGACAGCACAGUGCAGGCAGUGCAAGCAAGGUAUGAGCCCCACAGUUUGAACCCACCCUCUGAUAAGCAGUGCAGCAGGUGUGUGCGCGUGUGUGCGUCCUACAGGGAGUGCAGGGGGAGGGAGGAGAGGGCGGGGGGGACGGGCCCGGACAGAUGGUUGGACUGCAGAUCCCUGGCAGCCCCCGGGGGGGGCGAGAGGGUGGAGGGUGGCAAGGGAAGGGAAUGGGAAGAGGGAAGGAGGGAUGGUGGCGUGAUGAUGGGUGAUGUGAUGGGUGAUGUGAUGGGUGAUGUGAUGGGUGAUGUGAUGGGUGAUGUGAUGGGUGAUGUGAUGGGUGAUGUGAUGGGUGAUGUGAUGGGUGAUGUGAUGGGUGAUGUGAUGGGUGAUGUGAUGGGUGAUGUGAUGGGUGACGUGGGGAGAGAGCGAGCGAGAGGGCAGGUGGGGCAGAGCGAGGCGGCUCACACAGGGUGGCGUGGGGCGGGUCUCUGGGCACUCACCAUGACCGCGACGCCACUCACAGCGAUGUAA